AUGUCUACCUCAUCAUCACCUUCACAAGCGCCGCUGCGCCGUGGCCUGGGCUGGCGCUUCGGCUCGACAGCCGUCAUGGCUACCAUCGGCGCCGCAUGCAGGGGUUUCCUCUACGCCUUCAACAUCGUCGAGGUGACGGGCCUGCAAAAUCUUCUAGGGGUAUUGGACAGGCGGAAGCUGCAGGGAAAGGAUCGAGGCUUGAUUACCGUCUGCAACCAUCUUGCAGUACUCGACGAUCCUUUGAUUUGGGGUAUCCUUCCUAUGCGCUAUGCAUUUGAUGUUGAAAACCUUCGAUGGAGUCUUGCAGCGCACGAUAUCUGCUUCAAGAAUGGUCUGACAUCGGCCUUCUUCAACCUCGGCCAGACACUCCCCACGCAUCGAUUAUGGCAUUCCGAACUCGGUGGCCUCUACCAACCGACCAUGACGCAGGCGCUCGGUCUGCUUUCCGGUCCUUCGUCGAUCCCGAAAAUCACAAACCCGACCUAUUCCACAAACGGCAAAGAUGCCGUACCCGCGCCGGGCUUUUACACGGCGAACCGCAACGCCUGGGUGCAUGUUUUCCCCGAGGCGUGUUGUCACCAGAGUGCUGACAGUAGUCUGCGCUACUUCAAAUGGGGCGUGUCGCGCCUCAUUCUCGAGAGUGACCCGGCGCCCGAGUUCGUGCCCAUGUUUGUCGACGGCACCCAGCGCAUCAUGCCCGAGGACCGUGGGUUCCCGCGCUUUCUCCCCCGCGUGGGUAACCGCAUCCGCAUCGCCAUCGGCGCGCCCGCCGACACGGACGUGCUCUUUGGAGCGUACCGCCAGCGUUGGCGCCGGCUGCGGGAGAACAAGACGGAGGAGGAGCUUAGGCACGGCCCGGAGGCGGUACAGCUCCGGACAGAGCUUGCCAAGGCAGUGCGAGACGAAAUUCUCAAGAUGCGCGCGACGCUUGGUCUACCACAUGAGGAGGAUGAGACAGCGGCGCUGGCAGAGACGUGGGAUAAGGAGCCGAACAAGCGCAGGUUUAGAAGUCCGGUGGAUGGAAGUCUUGUAAAUAGACAUUAA